GCCCGACUUUUAUUACCAUGAAAAAAAAUAAAAUUGAUUCGAGAGCGGUAGGAAAAAGAAAAAAAAUGGCGCCAUUGUUGCAGAGCUCACAACCAUGGGUUGAGAAAUAUCGACCAAAGCAAGUGAAAGACGUAGCUCACCAGGAAGAAGUGGUUCGCGUGCUUACCAACACUCUCGAAACCUCCAAUUGCCCUCAUAUGCUCUUUUAUGGACCCCCUGGUACCGGCAAAACCACUACUGCUCUGGCUAUUGCUCACCAGCUUUUCGGGCCUGAACUUUACAAGUCUAGGGUUUUGGAGUUAAAUGCCAGUGAUGACCGUGGCAUUAAUGUUGUUCGGACAAAGAUUAAGAAUUUUGCUGCCGUGGCUGUUGGUGCUGGUCAGCGUGCAGGGAGCUACCCUUGUCCACCAUUUAAGAUAAUUAUCUUAGAUGAGGCAGAUUCAAUGACUGAAGAUGCUCAGAAUGCAUUGAGGCGUACGAUGGAAACUUACACCAAAGUUACAAGAUUCUUUUUUCUUUGUAAUUAUAUCAGCAGGAUCAUAGAGCCACUCGCUUCAAGAUGUGCCAAAUUCAGAUUCAAGCCUCUUUCAGAAGAAAUCAUGGGCAGCCGUAUAUUGCAUAUAUGCAAAGAAGAAGGUCUUAAGCUGGAUGCAGAGGCUCUUUCAACUUUAAGCUCUGUAUCACAAGGUGAUCUUCGUCGGGCUAUCACGUACUUGCAAGGAGCUGCUCGAUUAUAUGGAUCAACAAUUUCAUCAACGGACCUUAUAAGUAUAUCAGGGGCUAUUCCUCAAGAAGCUGUAGGUGCACUUUAUGCUGCAUGCAAAAGUGGCGACUUUGAUGUGGCAAACAAAGAGGUCAAUACUGUAGUUGCAGAAGGAUAUCCCGUCUCCCAGAUGCUUGUUAGGUUAUUGGAGCUGGUGGUUGAAGCUGAUGAUAUAUCAGAUGAACAGAAAGCUCGGAUAUGCAAGAGUUUGGGUGUAGCUGAUAAGUGUCUUGUUGAUGGUGCCGAUGAAUACUUGCAGCUGCUGGAUGUGGCUAGCAACAUGAUGCGAGCUCAUUGUGACAUGCCAGUAGAAUUCUCUUAUGAGAGUUAAGGAGUUUGCUCAAAUUUAGACUCGGAUGCAGCACAUGGUAAGAUUUUGUGUCAGCUUAGAAUGCACUUGCCAUUGCCAAGGCCCUUUUUAUUUCAUUUUGUUUAAUAUGAUUAUUAGUAUGCUUGAAUCUGGCACUGUACUUGAACUUUUGUUCUAUAUCCGACUACUUGAGAUUUACAUACAAUCUACUAGAAAGUAAGGCAUAGGCUUGAGAUUUACAUCA